AUGUGGUACAGGCCAUUGUGUGGUAUCCUGAAAUUACCUGUGGUCGAAAGAGUGCGGUUAAUGAGUUUUGGCCAUGGUGGUAGUGAUGGUAAUGAUGAUGGUGGUAGUGAUGAUGAUGAUGGUAGUAAUGAUGGUAGUAAUGAUGGUAGUGAUGAUGAUGGUAGUGAUGAUGGUAGUGAUGAUGAUGGUAGUGAUGAUGAUGAUGGUAGUAAUGAUGAUGGUAGUGAUGAUGAUGAUGGUAGUAAUGAUGAUGGUAGUGAUGAUGAUGAUGGUAGUAAUGAUGGUAGUAAUGAUGGUAGUGAUGAUGAUGGUAGUGAUGAUGGUAGGUGAUCAUGAUGGUAGUGAUGAUGAUGAUGGUAGUAAUGAUGGUAGUGAUGAUGAUGGUAGUGAUGGUAAUGAUGAUGGUGGUAAACUGGUAAUGAUGGUGAUGGUAAUGAGGAUGGUAGUAAUGAUGGUAGUGAUGAUGGUGGUAGUGAUGAUGAUGAUGGUAGUAAUGAUGGUAGUAAUGAUGAUGGUAGUGAUGGUAAUGAUGAUGGUGGUAGUGAUGAUGGUGGUAGUGAUGAUGGUGGUAGUGAUGAUGGUGGUAGUGAUGAUGGUGGUAAUGAUGGUUAUGGUAAUGAGGAUGGUGGUAAUGAGGAUGGUGGUAAUGAUGGUAGUGAUGAUGGUGGUAGUGAUGGUAAUGAUGAUGGUGGUAAUGGUGGUGAUGGUAAUGUGAUGGUGGAAAUGAUGGUGAUGGUAAUGAGGAUGGUGGUAAUGAUGGUAGUGAUGAUGAUGGUAAUGAUGAUAGUGAUAAUGGCAAUAAUGAUGGUGAUUGGUGGUGGUAAUGAUGAUGGUAAUGAUGAUGGUAAAGAUGUUGGUAGCAGUGAUGAUGUUGGUAAUGAUGGUGAAAGUGGGAAUUAA